GCCCUCCGCCGCCGCCUGACGGGGGCACGGGGAAGGCGGCAGCAGUCGCGGCGAGGCGGCAGCGGGGGGCCGAGGAAGGCGAGAGGCAGCCCGCGAAGCUCCGCCGCGCCGCGCUCCCUCGCGGCCUCCCUCCUCCUCCUCCGCUUGCUGCGGCCGCGGCCAUGGUGAAGGUGUCGUUCAACUCCGCGUUGGCGCAGAAGGAGGCGGCCAAGAAGGAGGAGGACAACAGCCAGGUGCUGAUCCUGCCGCCGGACGCCAAGGACCCUGAUGAUGUUGUGCCUGUUGGGCAGAGGAGGGCUUGGUGCUGGUGUAUGUGCUUUGGAUUGGCCUUUAUGCUGGCUGGUGUGAUCCUGGGUGGUGCCUAUCUGUACAAAUAUUUUGCAUUCCAGCAGGGCGGUGUGUACUUCUGUGGAAUAAAGUACAUUGAAGAUGGCUUAAGUUUACCUCAGUCUGGAGCAGAGGCUCAGAGCGCUCGCUACCACACAAUUGAGCAAAAUAUUCAGAUACUGGAGGAGGAAGAUGUUGAAUUUAUCAGUGUACCAGUCCCUGAAUUUGCUGAUAGUGAUCCUGCUGAUAUAGUCCAUGACUUCCAUCGGAGACUCACUGCCUAUCUUGACCUUAGCCUGGAUAAGUGCUAUGUGAUUCCUCUGAACACUUCAGUUGUUAUGCCGCCAAAAAAUUUCUUGGAGUUGCUCAUCAACAUCAAGGCUGGAACAUAUUUGCCUCAGUCCUAUCUGAUUCAUGAACAAAUGAUUAUUACUGAUCGUAUUGAAAAUGUGGAUCAGCUGGGAUUCUUUAUUUACCGCCUCUGCCGUGGCAAGGAAACCUAUAAACUACAGCGCAAAGAAGCCAUGAAAGGAAUUCAGAAGCGUGAAGCCAUCCAUUGCCGAAAGAUUCGACACUUCGAGAAUAGGUUUGCUAUGGAAACUCUCAUCUGUGAACAGUAAUGAGGAAUAUUACUGUUACAGGAGAUGAAAACCCUACAGUAUGACCCCACCCUUUGUAUUGUGUGCAGUGAUUAUUUUUUUAAAUCUUCUUUUAUGUAAGUAGUGGACAGGGCUUUAUUGCUGAACACUUUCCAUACUUUUCAUCUCAUGAUACAUGUAAAAUCAAUAUGUUUUAGCUUUUUCUUAUUUUCAGAUGUGGUGUUCCUAUAUUUGAGUAACAGUUGUAUAAAGAUUUAGUUCACAGGAUCACAGGAUGGUUGAGUUUGGAAGGGACCUCUGGAGAUCAUCUAGUCUGACCACCCUGCUCAAGCAGUUGCAAGUUUAGUUGCUAGUGCAUUUCAUGUGAUGAAUCUUAAAUAUUAGGAAAAAGAGAAAGUCUUUGAAAUAUCCACCAGGUUUUAAUUAAGUAAAAUUGAAAAGUUAUUAAUGUACAAAUGGACUGCAAAAGCUACUUCUAACUGUAAUAUUACCUGCUCUGUAGUUUGUUACAGCAUAUAGACAAACCUGUAUUUGACUCUCCCUAACAAAGUGCAAUUUGUUUCACUUUUAAAAUAUUGUCAUAUUUACCUUUCUAGAUUGAUCUCUGACUUGAUGUUUUAAAAUGGCAAGUGUUUGCUGUAACAAUCUUUUAGAAAAUUAAGAAGUAACUUAUGUUACUAACUUGUAUAUAAUCCAUGUAUGUGCAAUGGAAAAUAAAUCUUAUAAACCUGUUUGUCUAAAAGUCUUGUAUUUUCUCUCACCAUUAUUAAGUUUAGUUUACAGUUUCUUCCCCUCUUCCUCUAAAAAAAAGUAAAUUUAAAACUAAUUUCAUUUUUAAAGAGGAGAAGAUAGAAUAUGAACGAAAUAUGAACAGAAGCAGCAUGUUUUUCUGUUCCUUUUUCAUUUAAAAAUGAAAAUAAAAAAGCACCUAGUGCUGCCUGUAAAUUCUCGUUGAUACUUUCACAAUACAUACAACGAAUGUAAAGCUCCAAAGCUGACUUUCAUGGCACGAAAGCUGACCUUCCCUUAUUUUAUUAAAAAGUUAUUAAUACCUGAAAACCUGUCAUGAGCAUUUGUAAAAUAACAUAUAUCACUGAAGAGCUAUAUAACUUACGCUGUACUGUCAGGAGUGACCUAGCUGAGAGCCAGGAGUGUUGUCUGAUCAUUAUACAAGUAUGUUAAGCUCUUGAAGUGUGCAUUUCUAAGAUAAAGUGUAGACUUUUGACUAAAGCAGCCAGUUUACAACUAAUCCAUCCUAUACAAAUAUCUUGGGAAAGGACAGCCUUAAAUUAAGGAGUUUGUACAUAUUUUCAUAGAAAUUGCAGAGGUUGGAAGGGAUCUUUCGAGAGUGUCUAGUCCAACACCCCUACUCAAAUCAGGGUCAGCUGCCGCAGGUUGCUCAGAGCCUUGUUCAGUCGGGUUUUGAAAAUCUCCAGGGAUGGAAUAUGUACAACCUCUCUGGGCAACCUGCGCCAAUGUUCAACGAAUCUCACAGUAAAAAAGUCUUUUCUUACAUUUGGAUGAAAUCUCUUGUAUUUCAGCUUGUACCCAUUAUCUCUUGCCCUUUCACUAGGCACCACUGAGAAGAGUCUGGCUCGGUCUUCAUUACUUGCCAUCCUUCCUCCCACCAUCAGGUAUUUAUAUAUAUGAAUAAGUCCUUCCCUGAGCCUUCUUUUCUCCAGACUGAAUAGUCCCAGCUCUUUCAGCCUUUCCUCAUAUGACAGAGGGUCUAGUCAUCUUCAUGGCCCUUCACUGGGCUUGCUUCAGUAUGUCCAUAUCUAUCUUGUCUGUGUCUUUCCCAGAACUGGACCCAGCACUCUAGUGGCAGCCUCACCAGUUCUGGGAAGUACAGGUGAAUGAUCAUCUCCCUUGACCUGCUGGCAAGGCUCUUCCUGAUGCAGCCCAGGAGGCUGUUGGCCUUGUCUGCCACGAGGACGCGAUGUUGGCUUGUGUUCAAUUUGUUGUCCACCAGAAUCCUCAGGUUAUUCUCUGCAAAGCAGCUUUACAGGUGGUUGGUACCAAGCACGUGCUGGUGCAUGGAGUUCUUCAUCCCCAGGUGUGGGAUUUUAACACUUCACAUCAUUGAACUUCAUGAGGUUCCUGUUUGCCCAUUUGUCUAGCCUGUCGAAGUCCCUCUGAACAGCAGCACAACCAUGUGGUGCAUCAGCCACCCCUUCCAGUUUUGUAUCAUCUGCAAACUUGCUGAAGAUGCAGUCUGCCCCAUCAUCCACAUCUUUAAUGAAGAUGUUAAACAGUGUAGGCUCCAGUGUCACAAUCGUUGGGGUACAGCACUAGUGACUGGCCUCCAGUUGGACUUUGUGCCACUGAUUGCAACUCUUUGAGCCUUACUAAAGUUAAGAUAAACAAUAUCUAGUUUCAGGCCCUCACCAACCUAGCAUUUCACUGUAAAAGGCUAUCAGGUGAUCAGGCAUAAUUUCUGCUUCAUAAAUUCAUCUCAAUAUUCCCGAUCAUCUUGUCCUUCACACGUUUAUUUGACUUCCAGGAUUUGCUUCGUCACCUUCCCAGGGAUCGAGGUGAGGCUUGUAGUUCCCUAGAUCCUCCUUCUUGCCUUUCUUAAUAGUGACAUCUGCUCUCUUCCAGUCCUCACGAACACUCUUUGAUCACCAUGACCUUUCAAAGAUAGUUAAAAGUGGCUUCACAAUGACAUCGGCCAGCUCCCUUAGAACCCCAUGGAUGCAUCCUAUCAGAUCAAAUGGACUUGUGUAUGCCACUUUGUUUAAAUGUGCCUUGACCUGAUGUGCUUCCACUGAGGGCAAGUCUUCUUUUCUCCAGACUUUCCUACUGGUUUCAGAGUCCUGAGAUUCCUGAAGGCAAGUCUUACCAUUAAAGACUAGAAUGAAGAAGGAAUUGAUUACUUCAGCCUUCUACACAUCCCCCGUGACUAGGUCCCCUACCCUCUUCAACAGCAGGUCUACCUUUUUCCUAGUUAUCCACUGGUUGCUUAUACAGCUGUAGAAGCCCUUCUUGCUGCCCUUCAUAUCCCUCAACAGAUUGAAUUCUAGGUGGGUUUUGGUUUUCCUAACCGCAUCCCUGCAUGCUUGGACAGUGUCUCUAUAUUCCUGCUGGGUCACCUGUCCCUGGUUCCACCUCUUCCAUGCUUCCUUUUUAUGUUUUGAGUUUUGCCAGGCACCCAUUGUUCAUCCAUGUAGGCCUCCUGCCACCUUUACUUGCCUUUCUGGCCUUCUCGAGCUUGGAGGACGUGAUCCUUGAAAAUCAAGUGGCUUUCCUGGACCCUCUUCUCUCCAGGACUGUCUCUCCUAUGGGAUUCUUCCAAACAGAUCCUUGAACAGCCCAAAAUCUGCUCUCCUGAAGUCCAGGAAAGUGAUCCUGCUAUUUGCCUUGUUUCCUUCUCCCAGCAUCUUGAACUCUACAUCUCACAGUCGCUGCAGCCAAGGCUGCCCCCAGUCUCUACACCCUCCAUCAAUUAUUCCUUAUUUGUAAGUAUGAGAUCCGGGAGAGUGCCUCUCCUUGUAGGCUUCUCGAUCACCUCUGUCAGGAAGUUAUCAUCAAUGCACUCCAGAAAUGUCCUGGACUGCUUAUGCUUGCUGCAUUGUCUCUCUAGCAGAUACUGUGGUGGUUAAAGUCCUCCAUAAGGACUGCGGACUGUGAACAUGAAGCUUCUUCCAAGUCUUCCAGUUGUCUGUCUCAUCUUCUACUUCUCAGUCAGGCUCUCUGUAGCAGACGUACUGCAGUGUCAUCCAUGUUGGUUUGCCCUCCAGUCCUAACCCAUAUGCUCUCUGCUGGCUCAUCAUCCAUCCUUCGGCAAACUCCAUCCAUUCCAGCUGCUCUGUCACAUCAUUUAAGAGCAAUUUUGCAUCUGUCACUUAAAAACAAUUUUAACUCACUGAGUCCAGAAACAACCCAUGCUUUCAGAUUUGCAAGUCCAAAUGUAGCCAUAUACUCAUGCUUGGAUAUAAAUUGGCACUGUCCUACUAAGGAUAUAGCAAUUCCCAUCAGCUGAGCAAUGGGGCCAUAAACUUAUAAUUAGGCUUCUACAUUAAAUGCCUGAUACUUCCCGCCAGUUACAUGUGUUGCAGUUACAGCUCCCAGUGAGGUCAAUCAGGAAAUGGAGUGUAAGGAUAUUGCUGGUAUUGGAAUGCAACCCUGUCUGGAAAUAGCCAAGGCAACCUUGUAUCCAGAACCAGUAUAGGCAACUAGGUGGGGUAUCCAAUCCUAGGACCUGAACUAUUACUAUACAGUGCUGGGCUGUGCCACUGACUCUUGCUGGUUAGUUUGAAGCUGGCUCAAGUAUCCCUAAUACCAUUCUGUAUCUGGCCAGGUAGACUUAAAACUACAGUUCUGAACGCGAGUUUGAAAUGUUGAUGUGAUUGGGAUUUUUGCAUGGAAAAAUCCUUUUGUAAGGGAGAGUACAAGAUAAGAUGCAUCUUAGUGCCUGCUAGUUGCAAGAAAAACUAUGGGGGGGGGGGGAAGGGAGUAACGCUCAAAGCAAGGCUGCAAAAUCUCCCCAGAAUCCACUUCUAAACUUCCCUUGCACUGGAACUAACCUAUAUUUCCUACUGAAUUUUGAGCAUUGUUAUAUCAGGAAAGUGGGACUGUUUAAUGGAAUACUCGCAUAUUUGUUUGCAAAAAGAUAACCCCAGUUAAACCUAUUUCUUAAAUAAUAUGCUCUGCAGAAGUCCAAAUCUUUUGUCUUAUGUGAAUUCAGUCUUUGUAUUAAUUCAGGCUUUGCAUGAAUCUUAUUUCUCAUCUUUUAAAGGAUCUUUUAUUAAUAUAGCGGGAGGAUAUUUUGCUGGUUUUGGAACUAUUUUACAAUUGUAAACACGCUAUCAUCCAACUUCCUGCUAUUGUGAAUGUUUGGAUCAGGAUAAAGCAUUUUGUUUUAAAGGAAGUUUCCUAAAUACACAAUGUAUUUUUAUUUCUUCUGCAUUUGGUUUAAUUUACAGUUUAGUCUUAUUAUAGGUGCGGUAUAUAUAAGAUGAAAACUGUAGUUGUUACUUUGAGAAAGCUGUGCUUGUUUGAUUCAUUCUUGAUGCCAAAUGGCAAUUAUGAACAACAUCAACUAAAACCACAUGUAGAUAUUGCUUAGAUACUUAUGUAGAAAAUACAUUUAUGUAGCUACACUUUGGUAUAGACCUAAGCAAACUGAAAAAAUCCACUGGGAAAACUUUAGCUACAGACAUUCAGGAUGUUGAAAUUGUGUGUUUGCAAUAAAGGUCAAUUAUAUGUCAGGAAA